AUGAAUCGAGACCUAAACUCUGCCAGACGCCGUGCGAGAGCAUGCUGCUGCCUUCCCAUACCAGUCGGCGUGAUCCUGUUAUCUGUCACCGGCACUGUGUUGGGAGUCGGAUUGGGGACCAUUGGGAUACUGGCUACAACUAAACUAGACGCCCAGUUGGAGUUUGAUGCCAAGAUGGCUUUUCAGAUGCACAUUUUUCAAUACAUCCUCCUUGCCAUCUUCUCCAUCCUGGGAUUCAUCGCAGUAGCAAGGAAGUCGCGGAAGGUCGCCGGAUUCCAUUUUUCGUCAUAUGCGGCCCAUCUACCCUUCAACAUUGGCUCCGGUGCCUUUCUUCUCUACAUAUUAUUUGCCAUGAAAGGCGGCCAGGUGCUGGAAAUGUGCACGCAUGUGUUAGGGGACUCCAAAGCCAAAGAUAUUUUCCUCGUGAAGGAUGUUUGCAACCAGAACGCGUCGGCCAUACGCGGCGCAUCCGUAGCUAUCUUAGUUGUCAUCUACCUUUGGGAGUUCUACUCUUUAUUCAUCCUGAAUUCAUACACGAAGGAACUCGCUCAGGUAGACUACAAAGUCGAUGAAUAUGUGAUAUCACCAUGA